CUUUUCUCUAAUGAACGCAAGCCUGGAAGUGCGCUCCCAAACCUCGACCCCUCCUCCCUCCACCCUCCCGUUGGUCGACUUUGACGUCAGAUCUCUCUGGGUCCCGCCCGCCCGGCUCAAGUGGCGUCGGUGAAUGGAGGGCGAUAAUCCCGCAUCAGUGGAUGCAUCGUCUCUGCGGUAUAUAUAUAUGUAUAUAUAUAUAUAUAUGUGCAUCGCCGACGAUAAAACUGACCGGACCGAAGCGAGCCAUGGUGCACACGUUGGCCGCUCAACGCGCUGCUCCGGUGCGUUUGGGGGACCCGGGAGUGUGGGCUUUGUGACGUUCGCGGGCACACCGCUGUUGUGUUGACUUUAUUGUUCCCUUCCACUCGGCCGAGUCGCAGCAAGAUGUUGAGCCGAUUGGUGAGUGGCAGCAUCAGGAAUCUGGAACGGGAAUACAGCUGCACCGUCAGGCUUCUGGACGACUCGGAAUAUACGUGCACCGUUCAGCGCGAUGCUAAAGGACAGUAUCUGUUCGACCUCAUCUGCCACCACCUCAACUUGCUGGAGAAAGAUUAUUUCGGCAUCAGAUAUGUGGACCCGGACAAGCAGCGGCACUGGUUGGAGUUAACACGCUCCAUUGCUAAGCAGAUGAAAUCUCAGCCUCCGUUCACCAUGUGUCUGCGAGUCAAGUUCUACCCUCCUGAUCCCGCCGCGCUCAAGGAGGAAAUCACAAGAUAUCUUGUCUUCCUGCAGAUCAAAAGAGACCUUUACCACGGCCGACUCCUGUGUAAAACCUCGGAUGCCGCCUUGCUGGCAGCCUACAUCCUUCAAGCUGAGAUCGGCGAUUACGACCCCGGCAAGCAUCCCGAAGGUUACAGCUCCAAAUUCCAGUUCUUCCCCAAACAUUCGGAGAAACUGGAGCGCCGGAUCUCAGACAUACACAAGACAGAGCUGAUAGGACAGACACCUGAAACAUCAGAGCGUAAUUUCCUGCAGAAAGCCCAGAUGUUGGAGACAUAUGGUGUUGAUCCACAUCCAUGCAAGGACGUGUCAGGGAACCCAGCUUUUCUUGCCUUCACACCGUUUGGUUUUGUGGUCCUGCAGGGAAACAAGAGAGUUCAUUUUCUUAAAUGGAACGAGGUGACCAAACUGAAGUUCGAGGGCAAGAUGUUUCACGUUAAUUCUAACCAGAAGGAGGAAAAAAAGAUGGUCCUGACUUACUUUGCACCCACACCUGAGGCAUGCAAGCACCUAUGGAAGUGCGGCGUGGAGAACCAAGCCUUCUACAAGCUGGAGAAGUCCAGUCAGGUGCGCACCAUGUCCAGCAGCAACUUGUUCUUCAAGGGCAGUCGUUUCCGUUACAGUGGUCGUGUGGCAAAAGAGGUGAUGGAGCAAAGUGCCAAAAUCAAACGGGAACCUCCGGAAAUACACAGGGCCGGCAUGGUUCCCAGCCGGAGUUGCCCAUCCAUCACUCACGGACCUCGUCUCAGCAGCGUACCGCGCACACGCCGCAGAGCCGUGCACAUAUCCAUCAUGGAGGGUCUUGAGUCUCUACGUGACAGCGCCCACUCCACCCCGGUGCGUUCGGUGUCCCACGGCGAGGCGUUCAUCCCCCGCUCCCGCAGCCAGGCCACGGACGCCGGCGUGAGGACGGCGGUGAUCUCGGACGAAGCGUACAGCCCCUCGGACAGCGUUCUGCCCACGCCGGUGGGCGAGCACGGCACGGCGGAGCUGACAGGCUCGCGCCAAAUCAACGGGGCGCCCUGCAGCAUCGAGGAGGAGAAGGAGUCGGAAGCGGGGACCCCCACACGCGAGGAAAGGGAUGAUAUUGGCGCUCAGGAGGGCGCCGCCAGAGGUGGCCUCAGCGAGGUGGAACAGGUGAAUAAGUUCGUCUUAAGUGUCCUCCGAUUGCUCCUCGUCACCAUCGGACUCCUCUUUGUCUUGCUCCUCCUCCUCAUCGUCCUCACCGAGUCCGACCUUGAUGUGGCUUUUUUACGAGACAUUCGGCGGACCCCCGAGUUCGAACAGUUCCAUUACGAAUACUUUUGUCCCCUUAGGCGGUGGUUUGCCUGCAAGCUCCGCUGGGUGGGCGCGUUGCUUGUUAACAAGUAAACAAAACACCUUGUGACUCGUCAUCCUGCAGCUUGGUGACCAGCUUCUCUCUCUCCCACUUAAGUUCACACCACCUCAGUUUCUUACCCUUUUACACAAAUCAUCUUUUUACCCCUUCCUGUUUUUUUCUAUUUUGUUAUUGAACUGUGAGAGAAAAGAGCAUCACCUUUAUAUGUUAUUUAUUGAUUUUACAGUCCAGGAAGGGCAGAGCAGAAGUGAGAUAUAAGUGAGGUAUGAUGAUGAUAUAAAGAAGUUAUAGAAGGUUAAUGUUGAAAAGAUAAAUGCAUUUGAUGAAUUUUUGUAGAGGUUAUGGUCAGAUAUUUACAUACACUCAUCCUGGGCAUGGACUAAAUUAUUAAUUAUUAUUACAUCUAAAUUUAUUUUGGAUUUUAUGCAAUUUACACAGCGUCAUAGGUUUACAUUUGUGAUUCACUUCUGGAACCUUCAGCACCACUUUUGAGAAGAUUUAGGGAAACUAAAAGUAAAUGCAUUGAAAACAUUGUACCCAUGUUUAUGGUGUAUAAUCAUUCCAUUCAGGAAUAAACUGUGGUUCCAAUAAUGAAUAAGCCCAUAAUGAGCGUAUGAAAAUCUAAAAUAAUGUGGUGAACAUUACAGUUGUGAAGGAACAAGUAGCUAAUAGCCUAUAUAGACAUGCAAUGCUCAUAUGAUAAGUCAAUGUGUUAUUAAUUCUCCUCAUUUGCAUAUUUUUUCAUGAUCUUGAGAUUCAAUGAAUUUCAAUUAUUUCUUACUACGAAGAUUUAUUUUAGUUCAAAAAAAAAAUAUCAACCUUUAGGUUUACUGUAUUAUACUAUUAGAAGAUGUACUUUUUUCUUACUAUAUUGACAGCUCCAAUAUGUAUAUUUUACCAGGAGGCAAAAGAUUAUUUUGUUAUUGAAAACAAGAUAUUAUACUUUUUGUAGCGCCGUGGUUCAUGUAGAAGAGAUUUGAAAGGUUGUUCAGUCACAAGACAACCCAAAAUACAAUAAGAGUUUGAAGACCUGGGGUGUCAGCACUCAUGUUAAUAGACUUAAGAUGUAUAAAAAAAAAGAAAAAAAACAGUUACUUAAAAUCCCACCCAAAACCAAAUUAAUCAGCAUACACAUUUUAGGAUUAACACAUUGAAAAAUGCCGCUCUAUUUAGAACCUUCUCUUUUUUUAUAUAUAUAUACACAAAAAGUUAUUUUUAAAAUAAAAUUGGCAGAUAUUAUUUAAAAAAAUAUAUUUAGUCUUAAACUGAACAAACCAAAUUAUAUUUAAACUAAGAAAUAUAUAUGGCCAUGGAAAUUAAGUCUUUUGAAAAAUUUAAAUUAAAGAUGAAAGAAUUGGGAAUUAUUCUUUAAACAAAAAUAAAUUUAAAUUGUGCAAUUAAAAUACUUAACAAUUAAUUAAAAUUAAUUGGCAAAUGUUUAAAUAUACUUGUUUUAUGUCUAACAAAAAUCUAAAAUUGCUAAAAUAACAUUUAUAUGUGGUAAAGUAAAAUAUGUUUGAUGUUAAAACGUUUUUAUAUUUAACUAAAACACAUUGACAAAGAUGCUCAAUGAGAUUGUCAAGAUUUAAAAUCAAAUAUUGUUUUUUGGACUUUUGCAACAUAUUUUUACACGUUUAACUCUGCCUCUAAACUUUUUUACUUUCACAGUUAAAAGGGAGCAAUAACUAAAAAAAAAAUUACCUAGCACUUGUACCAGGUACAGGUGCACAUGUUAGUCUGUAAGUGGAAAAACAAAUAACUCUUUAUGUCCAUGUUUUGCAUAAAUCUACCCAACUAAUUAGUAAUGUUGCCAUUAGACCCCCUGCUUGCAUAUUAGCCCUGAUCAAGUGAAUUUAGGAAUUGGUUGUAUGUUAGUGUCAUGUAGCGUCUUCAAAUCAUAAAAAAGAAAGGCACCAUUCAAGAAGCAAUAAUAGGUGAAAUAAGGCAAAACAAUUACAUGUGAACGGUCAUACAAUUACAUUUGAAAUUAUAAUAUUUUAAAAAUCCUUAGAUGUUUUUUUUGUUAUCCUCAUGCUUGGAUCAUUGCUGGUGUGGCAAAGAUGGAUAAAAAUGACUGAUGAUAAAAAAAACAUAUGUUGCAUAUCAUGACAUUUUGUUCAUAACACUAACUUCAGUAACAUUAUUUUUUCAAAUGUAGCUGAUCAAUUAAAAAACCCACUGAAAUGUAAAAGUGUGUUUGUAAUGGACUUAAUACAUUUUGUACAUUGUGAUGUAAAAACUUGAGUCUUAAAACCGGUUUCUUGUUAUUUGGUCUUCUCUUAAAUGUGACUUUAAGUGACAAUAGGCACAUUUUAGAGGUUUACAUGUCUGAAAAAAGCAUCCUGUAUCCUCAAUGUGACUGAAUAUGUGGAACCCUCCCUCCUCUAAGAGUGCACGUUGAGAAAAAGGUUGCGUGCUGGGAUGAUGAGCUGAAGUCAUGUUACGAUAUACAAGUUGUGUGUAUAUAUAUAUCUGUGCCAAAUGACCUGUUUGUACCUUAGCUCUGUCCCCAGUAUCUUUGUAAACUGGUGCCAUGACAUCAAACUAUUCAGACUUGAAAUAAACUCUGGUU